AUGGAAAAAGGUGCAUCUGUGUUCAGCAAAACUCCUAAUUUGUUCAAUAAAUCCUGCUGGGACAUCUCACAACGUGCCCCGAAUAAAAUCCUAACGGGAAAUAGAGCCUUGGACAAGCAUUUCGGAGGCGGAAUUGCCUUGGGUCAAAUCAUAGAACUCAUUGGCAAUUCGGGCACUGGGAAAACUCAAAUGUGUUUACAACUGUGCCUGAAUGUACAAAUACCCAAGACUGCUGGUGGAUUGGAAGGAAGUGCUUUGUUCAUAGAUUCUCGGCAGGAUUUUCAUCCGGACAGAUUGCUAGGUUUAGCUCUGGACCUUGCGAAGCAAUAUAAGCACAAAGUACCAGAAUUCAAGGCCCUCGAAAUGUUGAAAAAAAUCCACCAUGUGAGGUGCCCCAAUUUAGUUCAGUUGAUGGCCACGGUUCUCAGUUGUCACAGACAUAUCGCCGAUCACCCAGAUAUUAAACUGAUUGUGAUCGACUCCCUGGCAUUUUCCCUGCGAAUGCUUGAGGAUGGCGCCCAGCGGUACGAACUGCUCCUGGAACUGCACGAAAGCAUGAGGAGGCUGCAACGUCAACACGAAUUGGCCUGGGUCGUCACCAAUGUGCUCACGCAUCGCUGCUUCAGGAGUCAGUUCCGUGUGGUGCCCGCCCUGGGGGAGAUGCAUUCGCACCUGAUCAACGAGCGCAUCUGGUUUUCGGGCAGCUCUGAGCUUCACCUGGGAAAGUCGUGGAGAACCAGUAGAUUAAUUAAGGAAUGCGAUUGAAACUGCAUUCGAUUGGCUUAAGACUCAGAUUCACUUUUACUUUUGGUCGAUCUU